AUGGCAUAUCCAACUCCUCCCCCGACCAGCUCUCCCAAGGACGAUCUGAAGCACGACUACACCACAGUCCACAACUUCAGAAACUAUGAGACGACAGUCCAACAUCGUCCAGCUCAGGAGACCUAUUACCAUGCCGUGUCUCUUCCUAAUUCCCCAAGACAGGAUCAUAUAGCAUUAUACCAGCCUCCCACACAAAAUGCCCCAGAACAGAGACUAUACCGCUCCAACACCGACUCUCCCAAACACUUCUACGGCCCUCCAAACCAACACACAACCGACCACAUCUACGACGCCAGUCCCCUCCAUCGACCAAACGAUACCCGUCCUCCAUUCAAACCAGCACCUACCUCCAUCUCCCCACCCCUCUACUACGACGCCUCCGGCCGUCCCACCUCCUCCCACAAACGCCGCACCCCUCCCCCACGCCCCUCUACUUCUCACCGACGAACAAACCACCAAGUCCCUACUCCAUCUCCCGCCCAAAACCCCGUCCUGGCUUCCUCGAUCGCCUCAAAAACAAACUCACGCAAUGGAUCCGCAGUCUCAUGCGCUGGACAAAGCGGAACCCCAUAA